GCUCCAACUGUGGAGGUAAGCUUGGCGCCUCACUUUAAUGGCGGCUCUUAUCCACCACUGCCACAACUCCGCCACCGCCACCGCCUCCGCUCAUUCCCGCCGCCCUUUGAAGUCGUUCGCUACAUCGCAUUCAAUUUCAUCUCUCUCUCACUCUAAACCCUCUCCUCCUCUCUCCUCCCCCAAAACCCUCCAUCUUCCAAACCCCUCAACUCCACUCUCCAAGGCUCCAUCUCCCCACAAUGAAGCCUCCCCUCCUCGCACAAACCGCGAUUUCUCAGAAUUUCUUCAGCUAUCCACCGACUGCUCCGAUGUUCGCCUCAACAAAGCUAUACACGCUUCGAUUCUCAAAAUCCAGCCGGACAUCCGCUUAUUCAAUUCCCUAAUCACGUCCUACAUCCGCCUCGAUAACCUGAAUUACGCCGAGAGAGUUUUCAGCUCCAUUUUAUCCCCUGACGUCGUCUCUUACACUGCGAUGAUUUCCGGUCUCGCAAAAUCGGGCCGCGAGGAUGAAGCUGUGGAGCUCUUCUUCCAGAUGAGAAAUUUGGGAAUCGAACCUAACGGGUACACUUUCGUCGCCUUGCUCACUGCUUGCGUUCGUUUACUUGAUUUCGAAUUCGGUUCCCAAAUUCACGCCUUCACUGUUAAAACUGGAUUUGUUGAUUGCACUUUUGUGGCCAAUUCUCUCAUGGCAUUCUACGGUAACUGUAACUCCUUAGAUUGUGUCGUUAACCUGUUCGACGAAAUGCCUGAAAGAGACAUUGCUUCAUGGAAUACUGUGAUUUCAUUUAUGAAUAAGGAAGGAUUGUAUCGAAGAGUAUUAGAGCUGUUUCAUGAUUUGCUCGUAGAGGAGGAGGAUUCAAUGUUCGAUUAUUUUACGUUGUCGAGCCUCUUGGUCGCGUGCACGAAGUGUUACGCCGAGAAAGAAGGAUCGGCGAUUCACGCCUACGCGCAUAAAUCCGGUUACGGCAGCCAUUUGAGCGUCGCGAAUGCGCUGAUUGAGUUUUACGCGAAAUGUGGCAAUGUGGAAGAUGUCGAGGCUUUGUUCGGUAGAAUGCCGAUGCGCGAUGUUUUUUCUUGGACCGAAAUGAUCAGCGCCUAUAUGGGAUUCGGGCACGUCGAUUCGGCUGUCGAGGUUUUCAAUCGGAUGCCUGAAAAGAAUUGCGUUUCCUACGACGCGCUGUUGUCUGGAUUUUGCCGUAAUCGUGAAGGUUUGACAGUGUUGAGAUUGUUUAACCGAUUGGUUCGGGCAGGCGUGGAGCUAACCGAUGUUACAUUGACGACCGUUUUACAUGCUUGCGGGAUUACGAGACGGAAGUGUGCUAGCGAACAGAUCCACGCGUUUGUUCUAAAGAUCGAUUUCGGAAGGAACGAGUGUAUUGAAUCGGCGUUGCUCGACAUGUGCACGAGAUGUAAUCGAAUGGGUGAUGCCGAGAGGAUUUUCGAUCGACUUCCAAUCAGUCCCGUUACGGUGACGACGAUGAUUUGUGGCUACGCGCGGAAUGCGGAGUUAGAUAAAGCGGUUUCGUUAAUUUGCGAUUUGCAGUAUACCGAAAUUGACGAGGUUGCGUUGGCUUCGAUACUCGGAGUAUGCGGCGAUUUGGGGUUCCAGAAACUCGGCGAACAGCUUCAUUCGUUCGCUAUAAAACGCGGAUUGUUCGCCGCCGUUGGCGUCGGAAACGGCGUAAUCAGCAUGUAUUCGAAGUGCGGCGGCGUCGAAGAAGCUACGAAGACGUUUGAAAGUAUGGCCGCGCACGACGUCGUUUCGUGGAACAGUUUAUUGGCAGGACAUAUCGUUAAUCGACGAGGCGACGACGCGCUUACCGUAUGGGACAAGAUGCGGAAACGACGAGUCGAACCGAAUACGAUUACCUGCGGUUUAAUUCUUUCGGCGUAUCGACACACGAGCGCGGAGUCGGUUAAUUCUUGCCGCGAUUUCUUCCUCUCGAUGAAACCCGUUUAUCGCAUCGACCCGAGUUCGGAUCAUUUCGCCGGCUUCGUUAGCGUUUUGGGUUUCUGGGGCUUUCUUGAAGAAGCCGAGGAAGUGAUCGAGAAAAUGCCGGUCGAACCGACGGCUGCUGUUUGGAGGGCUUUACUCAACAGCUGUCGAAUACACAAGAAAGCCGAAAUCGGGAGACGGGCGGCGAAGGAGAUUCUAAGCGUCGAGCCGCGAGAUCCGUCAACGUAUAUCCUUCAAUCGAAUCUCUACUCGGCUUCCGGGAGGUGGCAUUGUUCGGACAAUGUAAGAGCGGAGAUGAAAUCGCGGGGCUUCCGGAAAUUCCCCGUCCGGAGCUGGAUCAUAGAUCGGGACAAGGUUCAGACAUUCUACGCUCGGGACAAGUCUCACCCGCGAUCGAGGGACAUUUACGGCGCGCUCGAUGUACUAUUUUUGGAAUGUCUGAAGGCCGGGUACAGACCCGAUACGAGCUUCGUGUUGCAUGAGGUCGAGGAACAUCAGAAGCCGAAUUUCUUGAGGUACCACAGCGCGAAACUAGCCGUUACGUACGGACUGCUGACGGCGGUGACCGCGACGACGACAACGACGACGACGGCGGCGAUUCGGGUGAUGAAGAAUGUUCAUCUGUGUGGGGAUUGUCAUACGUUCUUCAAAUAUGUUUCAAUUGUUACGAGAAGGGUGAUCGAGGUAAGAGAUGCUUCGGGCUUUCAUUGCUUUGCUCGUGGCGAGUGUUCUUGCAUGGAUCAAUGGUGAAAUUGGUUUUCGAUUGAGAGCUCGUUCGAUAAAUUAAACGAACGGUUAAAAGAAGGUAAAAUUCAUUCGAUCAUGGCUUUUGUUGUUUCUUUUUUUCUGGGCUAAAUUAUAUAAUAUCCUCAUGUGUUUUACUAAAAAUGUAAAAUAUAUUUUGUAUUUUAUUUAUUGUGUAAAAUCUCUUUAUAUUAAUGUAAAGUUUACACUAAAUACUCUCUUGU